UUCUCCUCCUUUUGCUUGUAAACUUUGAUGUUGUUGUUUCUGUUGUUACUAUUAUUACUAGUGAUAUUGCUACUAAUGAUGUUGCUGCUGAUUCAAUUAUUUCAAAUCUGGAUACUAUUGUUAUUAACGAUUCUACUCCUGUUUUAAUUACUAUUACUGGUUUAA